AUGGCGUCAAAAGACCUCCCUCCUUCGACCGCUCCCUUCUUUCCCAACGUCUUCUUUUAUAACCAAUUCUGUGCCAAACCCAAUUGGCCACCCGCAACCACAAAUCUCUCUGGUCAAGUGGCCAUAAUCACCGGAGGGAAUACUGGCCUGGGAUUUGAGUGUGCAUUUCAGCUUCUAUCUCUUCAGCUUAGCCACUUGAUCCUCGCCGUUCGCUCUCUCGAGAAGGGCGAAGCCGCAGCGGCCAAGCUUCGGGCCGUUAAUCCCACGUCAACAAUAGAUGUCUGGCCACUUGACAUGAGCUCAUAUGACUCCAUACAAAGCUUUGCAAAGCGGGUCGAAAACCACCUUUCCCGCCUAGAUAUCGCUAUCCUCAAUGCUGGGGUGAGACAAGCCCAGUUCACCACCAAUCCAAGCACCGGCCACGAGGAAACCAUUCAAGUCAACUAUCUCUCCACCAUGCUUCUCGCUAUCCUCCUCCUUCCAAGCUUGAGGGACAAAUCUCCGAAAGGAGUGCCAGGGCGAUUAACUAUCGUCAGCGCGGCACUAUCGCUCCUGCCAAGCUUACCAAAUGUGAAGGAUGCGCCACUUCUGAAGUUGUUCGAUCGUCCAGAUACAUAUGAUGCCAAUGGCAUUUACUGCAUGUCGAAGCUUCUCGCUCAUGCGUUUCUCUACAAGUUGGUUGAAUAUGUCGGUGCAGAUGAUGUGAUUGUGAACCUGGCAGAUCCGGCCUUCGUCAAGGGCACUGACCUGAGCCGGGAUUCGCCUGGCCUUGCGAAGGCUGGGCUAGCGGUGUUUGGGGUUUUGACGGGGAGGACAGUCAAGGUUGGUGCAUCGACGUUUAUUGAUGCUGCCGUGUUGAAGGGGAAGGAGUCGCAUGGGUGCUUCCUUAUGAGUUGGAAGAUUGAACCGUUUAAUGCGUCAUUGUAUACUCCAGAGGGGAAACAAUCUAUUGAACAGCUGUGGCAGGAGACGAUGGAUGAACUUGAUUUUGCUGGUGUUCGAAGGAUACUUGAGACUCUGUAA